AUGAUCGACUACGCGCGCCCCUACGAUCAAAACAUGUGCGACUACUAUCUGCCCCCGUCGCCGGCGCCCGCGCGCCUCGACGAUUUCCAAGUCUUCAAAAAGGGAACUUGCACCUACGGGAAUUAUUACAACACGUUCGAUGUCCACGCUGAACCCGAAGUCGACACAGCCGCCAACGUAUACCACAACCUCGUCAACCUCAGGGAUUCCUACCGCCCCGAGGACUGGAGAUAUAAAAGCGUGUUCGACUGGACAGCGGAUGACACUAUCUCGUGGAUAUUUGAUUGCGUGAUUGCGAACGGCUUCAGUGAAUACGAUGUGCCCUUUUACAACUUCAGAAUCCCGGGCAUCGACAUCAGGAAUAUGGGAAGAGAGGACAUUCUUACCAGAAUGUUGCACGCCAACAUUGAUCCCAAUUUGACCGCGAGAAUAGCCGAUGUUGUGUAUGAUAAGCUUCAAACUCGAUUGAAUGAUGAAAUCCUACGGCAAUCCACGGUGUUCAAAUAUGCCGAUCCAUACCAAAGCCAGGAACAAACAAUGUUGGAUCUGGACUAUCACAAAAAUAAACUGUACACGUCAGAUUACAAGCCAAAUGACAGCAGUUUGCUACAAACGGCAGACUCGAGUGAUGACGCGGAGGAUUUGUUCGGAUCUUCCGCCGCCGCUUCACCAGAAUGUGCUUAUGGAAGUGAUGGAAGCAAAUCUGGUGAUGAGGAUACUGACAAACGGAAGCUGGUGAAGCGGCCUCCUGGACGACCAAAGGGCAGCGGCAAAAAGGGUAUCAAGCGACCACGAAGCGUUUCCGUCCCGGAAUUCCUUAGGAAUUUGUUGUUCGAUGAAAGAUAUUGUCCAUCAAUUAUAAAGUGGGAGGAUUAUUCACAAGGAAAAUUCAGAUUUGUCAAACCAGACGAAGUCGCAAAACUCUGGGGACAGAUGAAACAGAACGAGAACAUGACUUUCGAGAAAUUCAGCAGAGCCAUGAGAUAUCACUAUAGACAAUCAGUCCUUGUCUCAGUACCCACAGCACGACUCGUCUACCAGUUUGGACACAAAGGUCCAGACUUCAGGACAGACAACCCGAAUUUCGUAAAAGUCAAAUCUGAGUUGGACCUCCACGAAAUGAAUUACUCAAAUUCUUAG